AGAUCGACUGUGCCAUGCCAGAUUGUGUGAGAGUUAUUCCAUUGCGCAUGCGGAGCCAAGGUAGGCCUGCUGUUUUGUAACUCCAGUUAACUCAACGCAGCCAUCUACAUCAAAACAAGAUGAAAAGCCGGAGAAUCGGGGACUCUGCAACGGUGGAUUUCUGUAACUCCAGUGCUGCCAUAUAGAAGAUAGUCACGCAGGGUUUUUUUUUCUCUUCUCUUCUCUACAGAAAUGUUCUUCUUUAACAAAGAUCCAGACAAGAUGAGUAAUUUGGGGCAUAAAGGACGAAAUGUAAAAUAACAUUUAAAUCAGAAAACAAGGGCCAGAUUACAGAAGAAACUUUGCAGUUUUUAAACCGUUUUUGUCAUUGUACAGCUACAAAUGUCUACCUCACGAUUAAGGUGUAAUUUACUGUAUUUACUAGCGUGAAGAAGGUUAUAAAAUGAGCUCCAGUGUGGAAAGAGAUGACAGCAGCAUUUUUGAUGGGUUGAUGGAAGAAGAUGACAAGGACAAAGCUAAAAGGGUUUCCAGAAACAAAUCUGAAAAGAAACGCAGAGAUCAGUUUAAUGUCCUCAUCAAAGAGCUUGGCUCCAUGCUCCCGGGUAACACCCGGAAGAUGGACAAAUCAACAAUACUGCAGAAGAGCAUCGACUUUCUACGCAAGCACAAAGAAAUUGCUGCACAGUCAGAGACAAGUGAAAUACGACAAGACUGGAAGCCUUCAUUCCUUAGUAAUGAGGAGUUUACACAGUUAAUGCUAGAAGCACUUGAUGGAUUCUUUCUAGCAAUAAUGACGGAUGGAAAUAUAAUUUAUGUUUCAGAAAGUGUUACCUCCUUACUUGAACACUUACCUUCUGAUCUCUUGGAUCAGAACCUGUUAAAUUUUCUCCCAGUGGGCGAACAUUCAGAGAUAUAUAAAGUUCUCUCUACUCAAAUGCUGGAAGGGGAGACUCUGACUCCAGAAUACUUAAAGACAAAAAAUCAGUUAGAAUUUUGUUGCCAUAUGCUAAGAGGAACAGUAGAUCCUAAGGAAAUGCCUGUAUAUGAAUAUGUAAAAUUCAUAGGAAAUUUCAAGUCUUUGAAUAAUGUGACGACUUCCACACGAAAUGGCUUUGAAGGAGUUAUACAAAGGUCCUUAAGGCCACCAUAUAAAGACAGAGUGUGUUUCAUAGCAACCGUGAGAUUAGCUAAACCCCAGUUUAUUAAGGAAAUGUGCACAGUGGAAGAACUUAAUGAAGAAUUCACAUCACGACAUAGCUUAGAGUGGAAGUUUUUAUUCUUGGAUCACAGGGCACCACCAAUAAUUGGAUAUUUACCAUUUGAAGUUCUUGGCACGUCUGGCUACGAUUACUACCAUGUGGAUGACCUGGAAACUUUAGCAAAAUGCCACGAACACUUAAUGCAGUAUGGGAAGGGGAAAUCAUGUUACUACAGAUUCUUGACCAAAGGACAGCAGUGGAUUUGGCUUCAGACCCACUACUAUAUCACUUACCACCAGUGGAACUCCAGACCUGAGUUCAUUGUCUGUACACACACUGUAGUAAGCUAUGAUGAGGUAAGAGCAGAACGAAGAAGAGAGCUUGGGAUUGAAGAGACUCCACAGGAGGUGGCUGCAGAUAAGUGUCAAGAUUCCCAGCUGAACACUGUCAGUCUAAAGGAGGCUCUGGAAAGGUUUGAUCACAGUAGGACUCCUUCAGCCUCCUCAAGGAGUUCACGGAAGUCCUCAUCACACACUGCAGUGUCUGACCCGAUUUCAACCCCCACAAAGCUACAAACAGAAACCAGCACACCCCCACGGCAGUCUAUGGCUUCAGCAGUUGAAAUGACUUCACAGAGAAGGUCAUCAGUAAGCAGCCAGCAGUCAAUGAGUUCUCAAAGCACUGGCCAGGCUAUGGCCCCACCCAUGAUGACCCAGCAGCCUGCAACUCUACAGAUUCCACCCAGCAUUUCACAGCCUAUGUUGCAGUUCUCCGCCCAGCUUGGAGCAAUGCAGCAUCUCAAAGAUCAACUGGAACAGAGGACACGGAUGAUCGAAGCAAACAUACAGAGACAGCAAGACGAGUUACGAAAGAUUCAGGAGCAGCUCCAAAUGGUUCAGGGACAAGGACUACAGAUGUUUCUGCAGCAGCCUGCUGGUGGGCUAAACUUUGGUUCUGUGCAGCUUUCUAGUGGAAAUCCACCUACAGUGCAGCAGGUCAACUCCAUCGCAAUGCAGGGACAAGUCAUUCCAGCAAGUCCAAUCCAAGGAGGCAUGGGCACGGGUCAUAUUGCCACACAGCAUGUCAUACAGCAGCAGCCUUUACUAAGAGAGCAAAACACCACACUAACACCGCAACAGUCUCAGCAGUCUCUGAGAACAGCACACAGCCAGCAGACUUCCCUGCCCAGCCAGCCUCAAAACACAUUCCCCCCCUCACUGUAUAACACUAUGAUGAUCUCUCAGCCGGGAUCUGCAAACAUGGUACAGAUUGCAUCCAGUUUACCCCAAAACACCAACCAAAGUGGGGCAGUGGCCACUUUCACUCAGGACAGACCAAUACGGUUUCCUCAAGGACAGCAGCUUGUGACCAAGUUGGUGACGGCCCCAAUGGCUUGUGGGACAGUCAUGGUACCCACUACCAUGUUCAUGAGUCAGGUGGUGACAGCAUAUCCUACUUUUGCAUCACAGCAGCAGCAGCCACAGACAGUAUCAAUAACACAGCAGCAACAGAGCCAGCAAGAGCAGCAACAGCAACAAAACACAGCUCAGCAACCAUCCCAAGCACAGACUCAGAUAACUCAGCAAUCACAGCAGUUCUUGCAGGGCCCUCGAUUGCUUCAUGGCAACCAGUCCACUCAGCUCAUCCUGUCAGCUGCUUUCCCAUUACAGCAACAGAGCACUUUUACUGAAGCACACCACCACCACCACUACCAGCAGCAACAGUCGCAACAGCAAACGCAACUUUCUCGGCGUAGAACUGACAGCAUGUCUGACUCUUCCAGCGUGCAGCCUCAGUGACCUGGGCAGAGUUCAUAAGACAAGCAUUGGUGCUUUCCAAUCAAGUAAUUGCACUGAACAAAACAGUAUUCCAGGAGGAUUAAUGCAGUAUUCAGUCUGUACUUCUAAAGUACUUAGAAGUAUUUUAGGCUAAAAGAAAAAAAUAACAUUACUACAAUGUGCAUUUGGUUUAAACACGAGACGAUCCAAGAGGCAAGACGACCCCAAUAAGCAAGCAGUGUGUACGGUCCCCAUCUCAGUGAAAUGCUCUGCCAAGCAGAAAUAUUAAUUAUGGCAACAGGAAAUCAGCACUAACAGUUAUUCCUUCUCGUUUGCAAUUGCAUUUUUAAGCAGUUGUUUUAAUUUAUGUAGUGUGUUCAAGCAGAAGUGCUGCUGCUUUUUUUUUUUCUUUGAUAAUGCUUUAGAAAUGUCCAAAGGAUAUUUUUGUUUGUCAAAUUUAGGAAAUAUUUUUUCUGAAUUUCAUGUGGAUUAUUGUACAGACACCUGUAAAAUAAUGUGUAAAUAUCUGGAUAAAAGUAACAAAUAUUUUAUAUGAUGCAUGAAAGUGUAAUCUGUUUGUAGGUUUGAAUAUAUAUUUUUUCUAGUAUUCUGACAAGAAGCUAAAGCUAAUAUUUUCAUCGGCCUCCUUUCCCUUCAGAUGUGUUGCAUCUGCUUAACUUUAGCACCUUUGUUUGUGCUUCAAGUAGGUGGUGUCAUAGUAUCCUGUUUUGUGAAAUUGAGAGAAAUUAUUUAAAAUAAAUAAUUUCUGUGAAAUUGUGUUCCAAAGAUGCACAAUAAGACGAAAUGUAUCUUACAUUUUAAAUCAAGGAUCAAGGUCAUGUGACAAUUAUAUUCUAAUAUGUAAAUAAUUAGAUUUUGAAAUAUUGCAUGCAGUUUUUGAAUUUAUUAAUCAGUGCCAAGAAAUAAAUAUUGUCAUUAUACUUUUCAUUAGUUU